GACAGUUGUGAUGCGAUGGAGAUGGGAAUGGAAAUGGCGAUGAGCUGCCAGCUGUGCGGCGCCCGGCGCGCCGUCGUCUUCUGCGGCGCCCACGCCGCUCGCCUCUGCCUGCACUGCGACGCCGCCCUGCACCAACAAGGCGAUCACCACCACCACCCGCGAGCCCCACUCUGCGACUCGUGCAACGCCGCCGCCGCUCACCUCCGCUGCUCACUCCCGGGCCCAGGCCCAGAUGGAGGCCGUGUGACACUCUGCCGGACGUGCGCGCCGCCGCAAUGCUCCGCCGUCGGCGUCAACGUCUACACCGGCUGCCCCUCCCCGGUGGACAUGGCGCGCCUCCUCUCCGCCGACUUGUUGGAUGAUGGCCAGCCGGAGCUGGAGCACCAGUACUUCGUCGGCAGCGGAUUGGCAUUGGAGGAUGAUCAUAAUUUCCAUUCCAACAACCUAGGAAGAGGAGGAGGAGGAGGAGGACAACCUAGGGCUAGGAGUAGUAGUUGUUUGCAACAGCAGCAGCAGCUCGACACACAAGAGCAAGAGCAAGAGCAAAAUAAGCUGAGGAAGCGGGAGGAGAGGAACCGAGCUAAGCUUAGGUACAUUGACAAGAGGAAUAAGAGGAAGUUCUGCAAGCAGAUCAUGUAUGCCUGCCGCAAGGCCGGAGCCGACACAAGGAAGCGCGUCAAAGGCCGAUUUGCAAAGGCCUCAUCAUCUUCCUCUCCUUGUCAUGAUAUCAUACCUAAUUAACCCACAGGUCAUCCUAUUCUUUCCUAUGCAUGGAUCUUCAACAACUUUACCUUUUCUUCACUUUCCACACUAUUUCCUGCCUAUUGAAUUCAACACAUCCUAGUCUAGCUACGUACUACUACUACUACUACUACUACUACUACUACUACUCGAUUAGUAUCAAUAUCGAUCGAUCGUUCUUUCCGCAGCUUGUGUUCCCUGCAACCAUAAUGAGCAACAACUGCUCACUGUCACACUGAAAAAUAAAAUCUUACUGUGUCAUCCUCGUAUCUUAUUUGGGCCCUAGCUUCUGUGUGUCCCCCCUUUUUGUUUUGCUCUCUUGUUAUAAAAACGCAACUCUUGCUCAGUACUGUAUUAAUCUUGUCUGUACUCGUACACUCAUUCGGUGUAUAAUAAGUACUACCAGCAAGUAGUUUUGGAAUUCAAUAUUUGCAACAUGGUUUUCCCUCGGAUACAUAGGAUGUGCUUCCACGAAUUAAUCUUUCUCAUUUCGACAUACCAUUAAUGUCCACUGGAAUAAUUAAGAAGCUGCAGUGUUUGUUGUGCACCUUCAGACCUAGAUUGCUUUUCUUCUGUUGUUUUGUUUGAACCUUGUUUUGUGUUAUGCUCAUUUCAGUAAUGAAAUGGGGGAGCUGUGGCUCUAUGUCUUAAAAAAAAAACUUUAAGAAGCUGCAGUCUGAUAAUUAAUGUUGAGAAAUGCAAG